AUGCUGAGUGCUGGCCUAGGACUGCUGAUGCUGGUGGCCGUGAUUGAAUUUCUCAUCGGUUUAAUUGGAAAUGGAAUCCUUGUGGUCUGGAGUUUAAGAGAAUGGAUCAGAAAAUUCAGCUGGUCCUCAUAUAACCUCAUUAUCCUGGGCCUGGCUGGCUGCCGGUUUCUCCUGCAGUGGCUGAUCAUUUUGGACUUAACCUUGUUUCCCCUUUUCCAGAGCAGCCGUUGGCUUCGCUAUCUUAAUGUCUUCUGGGUCCUGGUAAGCCAGGCCAGCUUGUGGUUUGCCACCUUCCUCAGUGUCUUCUAUUGCAAGAAGAUCACCACCUUUGAUCGCCCUGCCUACUUGUGGCUGAAGCAGAGGGCCUAUAACCUGAGUCUGUGGUGCCUUCUGGGCUACUUUAUAAUCAGUUUGUUACUUACAGUCCAAGUUGGCUUAACGGUCCAUCAUCCUCCCCAAGGAAACAGCAGCAUUCGUUAUCCCUUUGAACACUGGCAGUACCUGUAUGUAUUUCAGCUCAAUUCUGGAAGUUAUUUGCCUUUAAUGGUGUUUCUUGUUUCCUCUGGGAUGCUGAUUAUCUCUUUGUAUACACACCACAAGAAGAUGAAGGUCCAUUUAGCUGGUAGGGGGGAUGCCCGGGCCAAGGCUCACAUCACUGCCCUGAAGUCCUUGGGCUGCUUCCUCUUACUUCACCUGGUUUAUAUCGUGGCCAGCCCCUUCUCCAUCACCUCCAAGACUUAUCCUCCUGAUCUCACCAGUGUCUUCAUCUGGGAGACACUCAUGGCGGCCUAUCCUUCUCUUCAUUCUCUCAUGUUGAUCAUGGGGAUUCCUAGGGUGAAGCAGACUUGUCAGAAGAUCCUGUGGAAGACAGUGUGUGCUUGGAGAUGCUGGGGCCCAUGA